CCAGAAACGAUGAAGCUCAUCAUCCUCGAUGACUAUUCUCAGGCCAGUGAGUGGGCAGCCAAAUACAUCAGGAACUGCAUCAUCCAGUUUAACCCAGGGCCAGACAAAUACUUCACCCUGGGGCUCCCCACUGGGAGCACCCCACUUGGCUGCUACAAGAAGCUGAUUGAGUACUACAGGAACAGGGACCUGUCCUUCAAGUAUGUGAAGACCUUCAAUAUGGAUGAGUAUGUGGGCCUUCCUCGAAACCACCCAGAGAGUUACCACUCCUUCAUGUGGAGCAACUUCUUCAAGCACAUUGACAUCCAUCCAGAAAACACCCAUAUUCUGGAUGGGAAUGCAGCCGACCUGAAGGUGGAGUGUGAUGCCUUUGAAGAGAAGAUCACAGCUGCAGGCGGGAUUGAGCUGUUUGUUGGAGGCAUUGGCCCCGAUGGACAUAUUGCCUUUAAUGAACCGGGCUCCAGUCUGGUGUCUAGGACCCGUGUGAAGACACUGGCCAUGGACACCAUCCUGGCCAAUGCCAGGUUCUUCGAUGAAGAUCUCACCAAGGUGCUCACCAUGGCCCUGACGGUGGGCGUGGGCACCAUCAUGGAUGCUAGAGAGGUGAUGAUCCUCAUCACAGGUGCACACAAGGCAUUUGCUCUGUACAAGGCCAUUGAGGAGGGGGUGAGCCACAUGUGGACCAUGUCUGCCUUCCAGCAGCAUCCCCGCACAGUGUUUGUGUGUGACGAGGAUGCCACCCUAGAGCUGAAAGUGAAGACUGUCAAGUAUUUCAAAGGUUUAAUGCUUGUUCAUAACAAGUUGGUGGAUCCCUUGUACAGUAUCAAGGAGAAGGAAACAGAGAAAAGCCAGUCUUCCAAGACACCAUACAGUGAUUAGCCUGUGCUGCAUCUAGUAUCAAGUACCUCAUAGGCAUGGGCAGGUUCUUCUGGAAGUGGUCUUU